GCAGCUGUUGCUCAUUUCACAAUGGUCCCGCCCAUACAGUGCUGAGGCUGGCAGUGAGACGCUCCUUACCAGAGGAGAGGCAGAGCUCCUAACUUAGAGGAAUACAUGACCAUGCGAGAAACACUGAGACUACAGACAACAGAGGAUUUCUACUGUUUUGCUGAGAGAAGCCCAGAGUGGAUCCUAUUGUGAGCUAAUUAAAUCCAUCACCCUCCAACUCCUGGAAGAUCAAAAGUCCUGAGCACAAGACACCAGGCUUCUCCUCCUCCAUCCUCAUGUCCCUCCAGGAGAGGAGGGCAGGGCACACACACACACACACAGCUCCCCGGCCGAGGACACACACUACCUGACACGGAUGGCGUUCCAGAAGAAGCUGCUGCUCGGGUUUGUUACCGCGGGCUCCCUGCUGUGCGUCUACCUCCUGUGUUUGAACCUGGAGACGCCUCUGUCCAGCGCCAAAGGGCCUCUGAAAACAUUCCAUCGCUUCACACACAAACAUAUCAGCAACUUACUAGACUUUGGGGAGCUUCUUGACCAAGAGGGCAUCAACGACCAGUCGACCCCUAUCUCCACCUUAGACCGAGAGCUCCCUGUUGAAUCCAAACCAGAAGAGAACAGCGUUGUUCCCAAUGUCCCAGAUGUCCCAAAUGUCCCAGAAUCCAGUUCUAGGUCUGAUGGCGUGGGUAAACCCAGGACCAUCAACAAAGCCCCCCUACUGCCCCAGCAACAGCCCACAAAGGCCCACAGACCCACAGAGCCCUCCUUCAUCGGAGACACCUACAUGAGUGAAGUCUUCCCACCACAAACGGAAUGCACAGAUAGUAUCCAAAGACUGGCCGCCAAAACAGAAUUUGGUCGACGGUUUCUGAACGACAUUCCAGUCGUGCAGUGGGCCCAACACGUCACUCAGGAAAGCUACCAGCGUCUGAGAAAGUACCCAGGAACACAUGGCUGGGGGGGGAUCGAUUACAAAACAUUGGUGGAUACUCUGUCCGUGCUCAACUCUUCUGCUAACUGGCGGAUGUUGGAUGACUGGAAGGAUCGUGGAGAUAAAUCAGAGUGUAUCCGCUGUGCUGUGGUGGGGAAUGGUGGGAUACUGAAGGAUUCAAAGAAAGGGAAGGAGAUCGACAGUCACCACUAUGUCUUCAGGACCAAUGGGGCCAUCACUAAGGGCUUUGAGCAGGACGUGGGCUCUCGGACCACCCACUACACGUUCUCCACCAACACAAUGAUGAACUCCAUGAGGGCCUACUCCGGUGCUGGGUAUAGAGGCCCUCCUAAGUCUAGUGAAACCCGAUACGUUUUUCUACCCGACCACGGCCGUGAUUACCUGCUGAUGAAGGCUGCAGCUACACACACAAAAGUAGAGACAGGACCUGAGCGGAACAAAAAUCCAUCCGACUACUUUGGAGAGGAUUUGUCAGCAAAAAAGCUGAAGAUAUACCAUCCUGAUUUCGUCCGUUACCUCAGAAACAGGUUCCUUCGAUCUCACACCAUGCAAACCAAAUUUAGGGACAUUUACCGUCCGUCAACGGGGGCUGUGAUGCUGUUGGCUGCUCUGCACACCUGCGACCAGGUGGAAUUCAGUGUUACUUUAAGAAAUAGUCACUGUCAGUCAGCUGUGUGUUUACUGUAGGGCAAGGCUGCAGGUGAGUGCCUACGGUUUCAUGACCCCGGACUUUAAGAAGUACUCGGACCACUACUACGACAGCGUCUACCACUCGGUGGGCUUCUACGCAAACCACGACCUCCGUAUGGAACUGUCCCUAUGGCAACAGCUGCACCAGGCGGGCCUCAUAAAACUCUACAUGCGUUAGUGGAUUCAGGACGACUUGACAUCACGUCUUCCUGUCUGCAGCUUUGGGAAACAGGAAGUCCCACCUACCUGGGCUCUAAAUGACUUAUUCAAGACUCUCUGUACUGAGCUGAAAGAAAGAAGUGGAAACACGUUUUAUUUUUAAGUCAAAUGCUGUGAUGAUUCAGCAUGGGGAAUUUUAGAUAUAUAUUUUUUAUUUAUAAUCAUUUUUUCCUCUCCCAAAAAUGCACAGGACAUUUUUGGUGAUUUGCUCAUUAAAACAGGUCCAGACAUCAGGGUUAAAA